AUGUCCCCCGUGGCUUCCAGGACCACAAGCCCUUUUGCGCCCACCAUGUCUUCUCCACCUACAAGAUCCUCAAAGCCCAGCGUGUCUCCGGCGUCCACUGGACCCUCGAUGCCCACAGCAUCUCCCAAGGCUCGUGCCUCCGUGAAGAACACUCAAUCCGCAAGGCCCACCAAGCCAUCGACAGCACCCAACUUAGUCAGGAGCCCCAGCAGUUCCAAGUCUACCAAACGGGCAAGUACAAAGACAGCCCCUUCUAAGCAGCCCAGCAGCCGGUCCCAAGGCCGCAGCAGGGCGAGAACACCCAGCAAGGCCAGCACCGAUACCAGGACCAGCAAAGCCAGCAAGGCGGGCAGGGUAAGACACCACCAGCAGAAGGGCACACACAGCCGGGGCAGAACUCCCAGUAGGAAGAGACCUCAGGGUGCAAAACGAGGUAUGUCCAGCAGGGAAAGAACUCCUACUUCCCAGCAAAAACAGAGUGGGGGGAAGAGUUACAGCCAGCCGAGAACCAACAACCAGGAAAGGAGUGAGAGCCAGCCUAGGAAUAAGAGCAGAGAGAAGAGUUAUAGCCCCCCAGGAGCCUCGUGUAUGGGGAAGAGUUUCAGGCUGGCUGUAACCCCCAGUAGAGCAAAGAGUUACAGCCCCACCAGAAUUCUCUUCAAGGAAACAGGUUUCAGCCAGUCUCCAUCAUCAUCGAGGAGGGUAAAGAGUUAUAGUCAGAUGAUUACCCUCAGCAGGGAAUGGAGUUACAGCCCAACUGAAAUGUCUAGCAGGGUCAAGAGUUACAACCAGGUUAGUGUAUCCAGCAGGACCCGAAGUCACAGCCGAUCUAGCACCCCCAGCAGGACUCAAAGUCACAGCCGGUCUAGAACACCCAGAAGGGCAAGAAGUCGCAGUCGGAAGAGGACUCACAGCAGGGAGAGAAGUCACAGUUGGAAAAGAAAUCACAGUAGGGCAAGAAGUCGUACCCGGAAGGGAACUCCGAGCCAGAUGAGAAGACAUAGCCAGUCUAGAACCCCUAGCAAAGAGAGAGAUCACAGACGAUCUAGAAUCCCCAGCAAGGAGAAAGAUCAGAGACAAUCUAGAAGCCCCAGCAAGGACAGAGAUCAUAGCCGAUCUGAAACCUCCAGCAAGGAAAGAAAUCAUAGCCGAGCUAGAACCCCCAGAAAAGAGAGCUAUCACAGCCAAUCUAGAACCUCCAGCAAGGCAAGAGAUCAUAGCCGAUCUAGAAGCUCCAGUAAGGAAAGAGAUUAUAGCCAAUCUAGAAGCUUCAGCAAAGAAAGAAGAGAUCUUAGCCGAUCUAGAAGCUCCAGUAAGGAAAGAGAUAACAGCCGAUCUAGAUGCUCCAGUAAGGAAAGAGAUCACAGCCGAACUAGAACCCCCAGAAACCAGAGUGAUCACAGCAGAACUAGAAAUCCCAGAAAGGAGAGAGAUCAUAGCCAAUCUAGAAGCUUCAGCAAGGAAAGAGACCACAGCCGAUCUAAAAGCUCCAGCAAGGAAAGAGAUCACAGUCAAUCUAGAAGCUCCAGUAAGGAAAGAGAUCACAGCCGAUCUAGAAGCUUCAGCAAGGAAAGAAGAGAUCACAGCCAAACUAGAACCCCCAGAAAACAGAGAGAUUACAGCAGAACUAGAAGCUCUGAAAAGGAAAGAAGAGAUCACAGCCGAACUAGAACCCUCAGAAAAGAGAGAGAUCACAGUGGAACUAGAGCUCCCAGAAAGGAGAGAGAUUACAGUCGAUCUAGAACCUUCAGUAAGAGAGAGGACAGCCAAUCUAGAAGCCCCAGCAAGGAGAGCAUUCACAGCCAAUCUACAACCCCCAGAAGUCUCAGCUGGAAAGGAUCCUUUAGCAGGGCCCAGAGUCCUAGUCAGAACAGAACACCCACUGAGACAGGAAGCCAACCCCCCUCAAGACUUCUCAGUCGAGCCCCAAUCCCAAGCCAGGAUCGUAUUCAAGCCAACACCACCACCUCUAAGGCCAUCUCACCUGGAGAGAGGUCCUCAUCAUCUUCUUCCAAACUGGCGUAG